AUGCAUGGGAACGCCUUACGAUAUCAAAAUCGAUCGAAUGGAAAAUUCGAAAAAAAUGUCAUAUGCGUAGCCGGGCGUGCAAUGUGGAAUAUAUUGCAUGACAAAGAAGAUGGCCAGCUUAGUGGCCGAAGGUCUUUGCAAGAGGAUAUAUCCGCGAGCACCCAAAAUAUGAAACGGAUAAUUUUGAGAUUUAUUUUACUAUUCGGAUUGGUAAAUGUCUUAAACGCGGCUCCGCGACGGUCAAAUAGGAUCAAAAUCGAUCCAAACUAUUUGAAAGCCUUGAUGGCUUAUAAAAAAUUAGAACCGAAAAUGACGCGACGUGAGUUAAAAACUAUUACCACAAUUGGAAUAUUAAAUGGAGCCUUGAAAGCUGAAAAAGAAAUGGAGAAACACCUGACAGGAUUAGUCACAGAUUUAAUCCUUAAUACAAAUAUAUCAGAUAAAUCAACAGCUCUACCGAAAAUAACAAAAAUCCAGGACACAAUUGAGAGAGAUAAAAAUGCUGUACAUAUUUUGACAGGUGCUAUGGAUUUGGCAACGAAAUCUAUGAGUGUAAAGGAGUACAAGGAAGAAUUGCAGAAAACUUUAGACGAACAUAAAAGUCAUAAACGAGAAACAAGAAAUCAAAAGAAGGAUAUCGAUAUGCCAAGAUUGAAGGCAGCCAUUUUGGAUCAUGUCCUCAAUAUUCAAAGGCAAAUUAUAAAGAAAAUUGAUGGAACUUUGAAAUAUUUGGAGGAUAAUGAUGAGUUGGAUAUGAUCAAGGUUAAUAAAAAGCGGAAUGCUGAUGAGGAGGGAAAUAAUUUGAAGGAGUUUUUUGCAGAGGAUAAAGUGGAAAAUAAUUUAAUUGAUACAGAUAAUAAAUCAGUAUCGGAUACGGAAGGAAGGAUUAUGAACAAACCUUCAAAUAUUGAACCGAAUGAAACUUUUGAAUUCAAUACAAAUGAUGAAAGUAAUAAGACAGCAAACCAAAUGGAAGGAUCCGAUGAAGAUAAUGGCGAAGGUGGGGCAGCACCUGGAGGACUAGUUGGUUUAAUAGCAAGUUUAAGUGGAGGUGAAGGAGGUUCAGAUAUUGGAGCGUUAGUUGGAGCAUUAACUGGUGUCAUAGCACAGAUUUUCGGGCCUGGAGGUCUGGAUAUUGAGUCUUUAAUUAGUACUGGAACGUCCUUAAUCUCAGGUUUACUUUCUGGUGACAAAAAUUUCGGAACUGUUUUAGGUGAAUAUGUUGGAACAGCAUUUGAUGGUCUCUCAGGAGGUGGUGGAGCAAUAAAUAAUGGCAAAUUUAUUGGAAAUCUUCUCGGAACAAUUGUGGCAUCUCUUAGCGCUGAUCCCGAAGACGAUGAUCAACCUCCAAAACCAUUAGUCUUCCUUCAGACUUUCCUCAAAACAUUCCAAGAAGCCAAAAAUCGUGCAGGUACACCCGAAGAUGGUCAGGAAGCUAUGCCAGCACAUCCAAUGGGUGGAUCAGAUUCGUUUGGGUUCGUUAAACAAAUUAUUUCCGCGUUAGUAGGUGGAGUAACAAGCUUGGUAUUGAAUGCUGCCUUAGGUGCAUCUGGUGGAUCAUCACAGGCAUCAACAUCUGCGUUAGCUAGUUCAUCGCAUCCCCAUCCGCCAGCUCACAAGCCAACAUGGUAGUUUUUUAAGUUCAUUUUUAUAGUUCAUCACCAUUUUCCCGUUAAGACU